ACAUUUUGAUAAGUAAUGGUUUAAUAUUUUAUUUUAGUGCAUUUAAAAACUAUAUAAUUUUUCGGUUUUGAUGUGAAUGUAUAAGAUUCAAAAGUUUAUAAAAUUCAUAUUCUUUUAUUUUAUUUUUAGUUGUAUUUAUUCUAUUCAUUUAAAAGUACAAUAUUUAAAAUUAUGUUUACUUGUUUAGGUUAAAUGGUUAAAUUUAUUAAAUCUUAAAUCUUAAAAUAUUUACUUAUUAAUAUAUUUAAUUAGUCUAAUUAUUGACUCUAACAUUGACAUAACUCGAGUUCUCGAAUUAAAUUUAGAUUUCUUUUUCAAAUUUAAAAGUCAAAAUAUUCGUUUUUGGACUUAGUAGUUGAAUAAUAACGCUCUGUUUUAUCAUCAAAUAAACACAAAAAGAAGAAUGAGAGCAUUGUAGGUGCUUUGUCUCAUUGAAAAUGACAGGUAUUGAAACCAAGCAAAUAACUAAACUAAUUAAUUUUAAUUUCUAGAAGAAACAUUUUAGUUUCUAGAAUAAAUGAUAGACAGAAGGCAUUUUUGUUUAAUCAAUAGCACAUUGUGUUCGAUGCAUAAUAAACGAUAUAAAUAGUGUGCAUUUGUCCUUUCUUUUGGAAGAGAUUAUUUAUUAUCCAUGACUUUAUCGAUGAAUACGUCUAGUGCAUUGCCAAAGAUGUCUUAGAUUCGUGAUAGAACAAAAUCAAUAUAUGCAAAUUGACAUGAAAAAAACAAAACAUAUAUGAGUUGUCAUUCAAUGCAGCUCAACUUUUAUUUAUAACGUAGUAUAGGAGACCAUGAUUUGUAAUUGGUCAAUGCCUAUCCUAACGAAGAUAAAAGCCUUUUAUUUUGAAUUCGAUAAAUGUUGUUAGGAUUAUUGUUACUUUUGUUUAUAAACAAAGGCAAAUGUUACAACGAUAAAUUGGGUUUAUUGUUACUUUUCAAAAAGAAAACGUAUGGAGACCAAAGUAGGCAAAAGCAUCCCCACAAUCCAACCUUACAUUAAUAAUAGGCAUAUAUAAAUUUCGUCUGUUUCAACCAACACAUCUAAUAUUAGUAGGGUCCAGGUACAUAAUAAUAAUACAUUUAUAUAGUAAUCAUAAAAUAACAGCUAUAACUUAUUAUUGAUAUUUGUAUAUUAGUAUAAAGUUUUGAAUUAUCAUUUUUUUCUUCUAAUUUUGUUAUCAUUUUGUUUGGUCUUUCAUUCCUUAACAAUUCUGCAAUAGAGUUGACUACUUAAUUUCUGUGUGUGUUCCUAAAGUCUUUUUUUUGUCUUGUUUUAUUAGUAGAAGAUGAAAAAAAUCUUGAAAUGUCAAAAAUAGAAUAUGCUAAUACUAAUAUUCCCACUAAAACACAGUCAUAUCUAUCUGUUUAUUUGACUUAUAUCCUAAGUCUUUAUUUGGUGUUAUUUGACUUGAAAACCUUGGCCUUAUAUAUCCUUUUUCAUUCAAUAAAAAUAAUGAUUAGAAGGAAUUGAACUGAAUAAUUUGCUUGCUUCAACCAUACAUGAUUUGUUUUAGCUCAUGAACCAACUACCACUAUUUGCUUAUGAAAGUCAAUGCCUUUUCUUCUUCAACAGUGUCUAAGACAGAGAGAGAGAGCUUUCUUGGAUUCCUUCUUCAUUCAUUCUCUGGUUUUCUUUCUUCUUCUUCAGUCAAUUUCGUUUCUUUACACUUUUGUUCAAACCCUAAUCAAAAAGUUUCCAUUUUUAGAGUCUCUCUUCUAGGGUUUUCCUUAAUCAUCAUCUCAUUCUCCAAAUGCAUUUCUCUCUGUGGAAGCAAAUCCACCACUGCGCCACUCUCAUCUUAGACAAGAGCAAAAGCAGCCGCAGAAGACGCAGAACCAGAGAAGGCUCCGAUUCCUCCCUCACCGCCACGAAAGAAGCUGCCUUGCUUCGGAAGCUCUACGAAGACAAGCUCAGGGAAGCUCUAGAGGAAGCCUCCGAGAACGGGUCCCUCCUCAAAUCCCAAACCAUCGACCAAGACAAUCAAGUGGGCCGCUCCAGAUCCUUAGCUAGACUCCACGCGCAGCGUGACUUCCUACGCGCCACCGCUUUAGCAGCCGACCAUGUCUACUCCUCAGAAGACUCCCUCCCCGAGCUCCUCGAAGCUCUCGCCAACUUCCUCGCCAUGUACCCUAACUACCAAGCUUCAGACAAAAUCGACCAGUUGAGAUCUGACGAGUACACUCACUUAUCAAGCUCAAAGGUAUGUCUAGACUACUGCGGGUUUGGUCUCUUCUCUUAUGUCCAGACUCUCCACUAUUGGGACACGUGUACUUUCAGCUUAUCCGAGAUCACUGCUAAUUUAAGCAACCACGCGCUCUACGGUGGAGCCGAGAGCUCCACCGUGGAGCAUGAUAUCAGAGCCAGGAUCAUGGACUACUUAAACAUCCCUGAGAGCGAGUACGGCCUCGUCUUCACUGUAAGCAGAGGCUCAGCUUUCAAACUCUUAGCUGAGUCAUACCCUUUCCAGACGAACAAGCGUCUUUUAACAAUGUUCGACCACGAGAGCCAGUCUGUUAACUGGAUGGCGCAGACGGCUAAGGAGAAAGGUGCAAAGGCGUACAACGCGUGGUUCAAGUGGCCGAGUUUGAAGCUUUGUUCGACCGAUUUGAAGAAGAGGCUGUCUUACAAGAAACGGAAGAAGAAAGACUCAGCGGUGGGGCUGUUUGUGUUCCCUGCGCAGUCGAGGGUGACGGGAGGUAAGUACUCUUACCAGUGGAUGGCUUUGGCUCAGCAGAAUCAUUGGCAUGUGUUGCUUGACGCUGGCUCGUUAGGUCCUAAGGAUAUGGACUCCCUCGGUUUGUCGUUGUUCCGUCCUGAGUUUAUUAUAACUUCUUUCUACCGUGUGUUUGGUCAUGAUCCAACGGGCUUUGGUUGUUUGUUGAUUAAGAAGUCAGUGAUGGGUUCUCUUCAGAGUCGGUCUGGGAAGACAGGUUCAGGAAUAGUGAAGAUCACUCCACAGUAUCCGUUAUAUCUGAGUGAUUCAGUAGAUGGUCUUGACGGAUUAGUUGAUAAGACAGAAGAAGAAGCUCGUCGUCCGGCUUUCUCAGGAGCAUACACUUCAGCACAGGUGAACGAUGUGUUUGAAACAGAAGAUAACAUCUCUUCAGACAGAGAUGGGACUACCAGCACGACGAUUUUCGAGGAGACUGAGAGUGUUUCGGUUGGGGAGCUGAUGAAAAGUCCGGUGUUUAGUGAAGAUGAGUCGUCUGAGAACUUGUUUUGGAUUGAUCUUGGUCAAAGCCCUGAUCAGCAUAAUAGCAAGAUUGUAUCUCCUCCACUGCCACCGGUUUGGUUCUCCAAAGGGAAACAACACUCGCCUACUAAACCAGUGGUACCAAAGAGUUAUAGUAAUCCUAUAUAUGAUGGUUGUAGAGACGUCCUCUCGUUCGACGCUGCUGUUAUGUCAGUUACAGAGAAAGGGACACACACUGCACCUUUGAGGAGUUCUGGUGGUUCAUCAGAGAUCAAAGAGAGCGCGAUUAGACGAGAGACAGAAGGAGAGUUCAGGUUGCUAGGAGGGAGAGACGGAGGUAGAAGCAGGCUUUUAGGUGUGGAGGAUGAACACACAACAAGCAAAGGAAGACGAGUUUCGUUUAACGUGGACCGUAUUAGUCAUAGUGUAGUAGAACAAGGUGAAGCUUCUUUAGCUAGUGUUUACGAUGACGAGUACAAUCACACUAGUGAUGAGGAGGGUGCGGAUGAUGAAUGGGAUAGGAGAGAAAACGAGACCGAGAUUGUUUGCAGACAUAUCGACCAUGUGAACAUGCUUGGUCUGAAUAGAACAACGACCAGGCUCAGGUUUCUGAUAAACUGGCUUGUGGUGUCGUUACUGCAGCUACAAGUGUCUGAAUCAGGAGGGAGGAGCAUGAGUCUUGUGCAGAUAUACGGACCUAAGAUCAAAUACGAAAGAGGAGGAGCGGUUGCGUUCAACGUUAGAGAUAGGAGCAAAGGUUUUGUUAGUCCAGAGAUUGUUCAGAGACUGGGUGAAAGAGAAGGUAUAUCUUUAGGGAUUGGUAUACUGAGUCACAUACGUGUAGUGGAUGAUGAUAAUAAACCGAGAAGAGGGAGGAGUAGAGAAGAUAGUGGUGGUUUGAACUUGCCGAGUGAAGCUGGGAGGAACGGGUUUAUAAGAUUUGAGGUUGUUACAGCUUCUCUUAGCUUCUUGACGAACUUUGAAGAUGUUUACAAGCUUUGGGGGUUUGUAGCAAAGUUUUUAAACCCUGGUUUUAGUAGAGAAGGUUCGCUUCCUACCGUUGAAGAAGAGGAAGAUGCAGAGGACUCAGAGACGUAGAGUUUGGUAGUAGAAAUGCACAAAGCCACAUAACUUUUAGUAGGUUCGCUUCCUACUGUUUGUGUUUUUUUUUUGUUUGGGUGAGAAACAAGAGUUAGAGAAAAGAUUCAGAAACAUGUAGCACUUCUUCUUUUAAUUACUACAAUAACUGAUUCAGAUCAAA